AUAAAUAUUAUAGACAUGUACGAUAUAUGCCAUCCUAGUUUUUAUUAUAUUGAAAAAUUAGGUUGUAACGAUCCUGUAAAAAUUUCAAAUACAUUUUAUAUAUAUAUGCAAUUAUGUGAAGAUAAAAGAUUUUGGCACGUUAACUAUAAAUAUAAUGCGGAAUUAGAUUUACUUUAUUUAGAAACAAAGAAAAAUAAGAAUUCGAAUCUUGAAAUUUACGUACCAUGGCUCAUAUCAUUUCCAAUCACUAUAGACUUUAUUGAAAAAUUACAGAAGGUACUUGAAACUGAUCGAUUAAUAUUUGUAUUUAAAUCUGCUGACAGCACUAGCGUCUUUUAUAGAGCCAGUGCAGGUCUUAUAAAACCUCUAUCGCCUGAAAUAAGAAAACAAUUAAAAGAAAAAGAAGAUAAAAAAAUAUUGCUAGAAAGAAAUAUCAAGAAAAAUACAUCUAAUUUAUACGAAUUAGCCAAAUCUAUAAAUACUGAAAAUAGUAAUUUUCAAUCGACAGAUACUAUCGAAAGUGAAAAUGAGAAAACAAAUUCCGAAACAAUAUCUGUAAUAGAAAUAUAAUUUAAAAUACUAAAAUAUUUUCAAAUUUCUAAAUAUAUAAAUAUAAAUAUAUAAUGAGAGAAAAUAAAUUUGUUUAA